AAAACAAAAAAAGAUAAUCACAUAAAAAUAGGAGAAUGGAAAAGGAUUAUUCAUUUAUAGUGGCACAGAUAGAGAGAUAGCAGGAGAUAGAGAGUUUAGAGAGAGAAAUCGUAGGUGGGAGAUAAGCUGAAAGGGAGAAAAUUGGGGGAGGAGAGAGCAAGAGGAGAGAGAUAUGUGAAAAAAUCUCAAACAAAGAUCUCUCGUUUUUUUUAUCCGGUGAAUCUCGAUUUUAUCCCCGGUUGUUUUCCGGCGAGCUAUGCUCGUGUGACCUACCUUUGAUGAGAUAUCGGAUUGAAUUUCUGCAUCUGUGUGGUGAAGCUCGAGUCCCGAUUGUGAAGGUGAGUAAUGGACAGGAACAGAGAAUCAAGGAGAGCGAGUAUCGUCGGCUCCAAUGGUUUCAAUAGAAGGAGGCACAGGACAAACAUCGUUAGAGACUCUCAAGAUGAAGACGGGGGACUGGAAUUGCAGGAAUCUGUGAGGUUAAGGGAGAGAGUGAAGAAAUAUCGAGAUCGAGAGAGGGAGAGAGAAAGAGAUAGAGAAAGAGACAGGGAAAGGGAGAGAGAUUUGAGAGAGCGGUCCAGUCGGAGUAAGAGAAGGAGAGCCGAGAGACUGGCGAGCCACAAAGACGAUACCGGCGGCGAUGAUACUUCCGACGAGAGCCUCAACGACGACGAGGACGACGAAUACGAAGAGAAAGUCACCUCCACCGUCAAGAUGUUGUCGCCGACAGUAGGUUCCGUUUCCAACCACCACGUUCAUGUCGGCAACCACCACCACCACCACCACAGCAGUAGCUUUAGUCAACAACAGCACAACUGUAACAGUAGUAGCAAUAUUCUAAUUAACAGUAGCCACCAUCUUCAACACAGGAAGACCUUCCCUCCUAUCUCUUCGUCUUCUUCUUCAGCCAAGGUUCCCAGAGCACCGCCUGUUUGGAAAUCCGGCGACGAGAUGAUCAGUGUCUCCGUUCCCAGAAAAGCUCGUUCUGCUUGUACAAAGAGGUCGCACGAUUGGAUUUCAAGUACCAGCAAUAACAAUAGCAGCGGCGGAGUUUCCGGAGGGGCAGAUCAAAAUCCGGCCCAGCCGUCGAGCUCUCCGGCGAGACCAACUCACGUGUCGGCAUCCACCGCUGCGGAUCCGCCGUCUCCAUCUUCUUCAAAUGCUUCCAAUAGAAAGAAGCUUAAACACACCGCUAACAACACCGCCGGCCCUAAACCCAAGCCGCCGAAAGUCUCAGCAUUAUCAUCGAAGCCGAGCUCUUCUAAUCCGGAGGAGCUUGAGAUCGAGAUUGCCGAGGUUUUAUACGGCUUGAUGACCCAGUCACAAGGCCCAUCUUCAUCAAUUAAAGAGGAACCAAGAGAAGUGAAUCAGUUGAGUAUCGAUGCAAAGUCGCGAAAUUCAUCUCCGAUCUCUAAUUCUACUUCGAUUAAUAAUAAUAACAAUAUGAAUAAUCUCCAUCCUGGACCCAAUUCCGGCUCCCUUUCAGCCGUCGCCCAGAAGAGGAAGAGGCCGAGACAGGUACCGGAAAGAUCAAACUUGGGUGCACGGACAAAACCAGAAACAGAUGAGACAUCAGAGAACAAAAUAUUAUAUCCUAAUAUGGAGAAAAUGUCGGGAUCUGCAGGUGAGACUGCGUCUGAAGCGGUGGGGAUUAAUCCGGUCAUUUCACAAGACUCAACGAAGUCGGAUUUGGAGCUGAAGCCAUCGGCUGAGGAAUUUAGAGAAAACAGAUAUUGGGUUGUUGGGAAAGAAGAUGUUAGCUCAUCGAAGGAGCAGGAAUCUCCUGCUGUGAUAGCUCAGGAUACCAGCAAUAGGGACUCGCCAUCGGUAGCCACAGCCUCAUCUGUUGUGGAUACACCUAUUAAUGGGAGUUUGCCUGGUGUAGGAGUUGAUAAAGAAGAUAAGUUUGAGAUAGAUCUGAUGGCACCCCCACCCCAAGCAAGAUCAUCACCAGAAACGGAAACCAAUAUUGAUUUGAGUGCUUCAGCCUUUGCUGAUCGGAAGCCCCUUCCAUUGAAUCUUGAUAGAGAUAUGAAUCAUGUAAUGGUAUCCAAAGAUAAUGAGAAUGAUAAAGCUAAAAGUGAAAGUGGGAGUUUACAUUUAUUGAAUGUGGCAGCUGAAGAAAAGAAAUCCGAGGAGAGUGAAUCUAACAAGGGGCGUGAUAUCGAUUUACACCUUCAUUUGGAUAAACCGGAAAAAGAUGUGAGCUCUAGCCAUAACGCCAAGGACAACAAAUCCCAAAUGCAGAUACAGAAGCAAGCACAGCCGCAAGUACCUUUUAAGGCCGCCGGCAAAGAAGAGCCUCCCUCUGAGAAACGUGGUCAUUCAACAAGCUCACUGCCUUUACCCAUGCAAAUGGCUAGUUGGCCUGGUGGGCUUCCUCCUAUGGGAUAUAUGGCCCCAUUGCCAGGAGUGGUCUCUAUGGAUGGAAGUAGUGUGGCACCAGCUCAUUUACAGCCGCUUUUUUCUCAACCACGGCCAAAACGUUGUGCCACACAUUGCCACAUUGCCCGGAACAUACACUGCCUCCAACAGUUUAUGAAGAUGAACCCUUUCUGGCCGGCUCCUACAGUGUCGCCCGCUUCUUUAUUCGGGUCGAAACCUUGCAAUCUUAAUGUGGGUCCUCCGCCAGUGGACUUGAGCAUUGCAGCCAGAGGUGUUAGUAGUUUGCAGGAUAAGGGGCCAGGCCUUGCUAGUGCUUCCAAUAAUGUUGGUAAGGAUAAAAGUUCUCAACCUGCUAAUAGUUCUGAUUCUGCGCAGAAAAAGCAGCAGACUUUGUUCCAGCAAACAUUGCCCCCUGUGGCACCUAGCAAUUUACUGGGCCCAACUUUCAUUUUCCCUGUGAAUCAGCAGCAAGCAGCCACCGUGGGAAAAUCCGUGUCGACUAUGUCAGCCUCCAACAUGGUCACCACCUCAUCUUCUGCACCAGCAACAGCCAUGAGCUUCAGCUACCCAAACAUGUCCCCAACCGAGACCACUCAAUACUUGGCAAUUCUACAGAACAAUACCUUCCCUCCAUUCCCCAUCCCCACUGUCGGCCCCCCACCCAACUACAGAGGAGCAGCCCCUACGCAACCCAUGCCUCUAUUCAAUGGCCCCUUCUACUCGUCCCAGGUGCAGCUGCCACCCAAUCAGCCUCAGGUCCACCAUAAUGCGUCUGCACCCAAUAAUUCCUCUUCAGGGAAGCAUAUGCAUAUGCAGCAGAGGCCACCACCACAGAGUGGCCUGCAGCAGAACAGUUCUUCCUCACACAAGUCACAUCCGUCCCACAAUAAUUUAGCGUUGCCCAUUCAGCCCCAGAAUUUUGCUUUGGGUGCCGCCGGAAGUAAUCAUCAAAACGAGAAAAAAUCCCAUCAGCAAUCGCAACACCAGCAGCAGCAGCAGAUAUUGAAGUCUGGAGUCGAGACUCUUCCGCCUCAUACGUUUGCUAUGUCGUUCGGGCCCAUCAAUGGGCAACAAAACCAGGCUAUGUUUCAGACAUUUUCAGACGCUGCUCGGCAAAGUGUCCAAAUGAUGCCUGUUGAUGCCCAGACUACACAGAAGCUCAUCCGUAUUUCCGAGGAGGGUAAAACCGGAAAUGUCGACUUGCACAAGGAGGAUGAGAGAAAAAGCUUUGCCUUUUCGAGAUCCACGGACGUGGCCAAUGGGCCUGCUGCUGCUGCUGCUACCUCAUCUUCAGUUCUUGGCAACACUGUGAUUGAUAGCCCGUCUGCCGUUAAUCGGGCCAAGGUGCCCAACGCUCAAGUCCAAGCUCAGCUUCAUCAGCACCAAAUGCAGCAGCUUAAACAGCAGCAGCAGCAAAUGGCGGCCGCGAGUGCCGUUAAUCGGGCCAAGGUGCCCGUGGCCAACAAUGGGACCAUAUACUCUGAGCAUUUGACUUCGUCUGCAAUGACGGGCCCGAAGUUUCAAAACACCAACUCCCUGUUCUCACAGAACCUCAUCCAGAGUAACAGCCCUGGCACGAGUCCUCAGUCUCCCCAAUGGAAAAACUCGGCAAGAACUCAAGUCUCUCAAGCCCAAGGCCCGUCGUCCUUAGGGCCUUCGGUUGUGUCCAUGCACAAGAAUAUCAGCCAGCAACAUUCUCGAACCCAACAGCCCAUGCACACACAAAUAUCCUUUGGAGGUAAUCAAAAGCAAUCAUUAUCCUCUCAAGGGCAACAACAACAACAAGUAGCACCUUCAAGUGGCAACCAGGUUGCGUCGCCCACGACCUCCUCCAUUUCCAAAGGUGCGAUGAGCGGGAGCCCGAGGACAAAUUCAUCUGCCUCAACAAACAAUAAAACAGGCCAAGGUUCAUCCUUUUCGACCCAACAAGCCAAAAAUUCACCGUCCAUGCCUACCCAGAAGUCGCCUUCACUUCUCGGAAAUCCUCAUGCAGCAAAAAACCAAUUGCAACAGCAGCAGUCGCAGCCCAAACCCAUGCAGCAGGCCCAGUUAUUCUUCUCAAGCCCGUAUUCCCAAUCCCAGCCCCAUCAUUCGAUUGGCUCGGCAAAUACAGCUGUCGCUGGCCCGAGUGGUUACUACAUGACGCAAAGACGGCCCAAUGACCCCACGACAGCAAUUGCUGCGGCUACUUGUAAUGCAAAAGGUGGGGGUUUUCAGUCUCAGUCUCAAGGAAUGAUGCAUGUGUCUCAUUUUGGUUCCCAAUCGAGCGGGAUGAUGUUGCCAGCUGGAUUCUCGUACAUACAUCCUGUCCCAGCUGGUGUACAGGUGAAGCCUGCUGAGCAAAAGCAGCCUGCCGGAAAUGACAAUUUGCAUCCAUGGCAGCCUGAGAAGAAAUGAAAAGGAUCUUGCAAGGAAUGCAUUACCUGAUAAGGUUAUAUGCUCAUGAUUACUCGUGAGGCUCGUGUGGUGAACGGGAUGUCCAGAGUAGGGGUGGAAAGAAGGACGGUGCUGAAUGACGCUUCCCGACUGCAAAAUGCUGUGAAAUUGGGAUGAAUGUGUUGUACAACUCUUGUUGAUAUUUUGGGAGGAUUCUUGAUAGGUAAAGAUGCCAUUUUGAAAUUGAAGGUGAUUUGAUGGAUUGGAAGGAAAAGCUGAACAAUUUAUUUUUUUCCUUUUGUUUUUGUAUGAAGGAGUUAGAUGUUAGAGAUGUUAGAAAAACAGGUUAGGAGUAAUUUAUAUUCCUGCAUUUGGUUUUAGAUAGUGAAAGUUCUUUUUUGAUUAAAAGGAAAAAAAUAUCAUUUGUAUCACGUGUUUGCUUCUACUUCUGGGACUUUGUCUUCUACUCGUAAAUAUUAUUUUCUGUAAUGCCCAAAAGAAAAAAAAGAAAUGGAGAAAAAGAAAACAGAAAGACUUGGAGACUUUUGGGCAUAAACACGUAAAUGAUACAAGGGUGUUAAUAUUUAUGUGUGGCGCUCGUAAAGAUUAGCCCGCUCUGUUUUAUUUUUCCUCUAGAUCGUAUAAUAUUAUCUCUUGGCUAAGCUGGUUGGUUA